GAGGGGUACGUCUCCAUGGCGACCACCCCCCACAGGGCCUGCAAACACACCACGCAGCCCACACCUCCUGCCGGAUCGGACGAACUCCUCGUCAGACACGCAGCAUGCACAGGUCGUACCAGCCGCUGAAGCCCGUCACCAACCGCUACCUGCAGCAGAGAUGGGACCAGAGCAGCUUCCAAGACCACCGCAGGAAGGUGAGCUCCACCCUCCCUGUGGUGGACACCAAGGGCAUGAGGACACCAUCUCACGUCCAACUCAAACUGAAAAAACUACAGCUGCAGGACGAGCGCCUGUCAAUCAUCGACAGAGAUAACCGCCUCCUCGCCUCCAGACUGGCCAACAUCGUCGGGUCCAGAGGUCUGGUGGACCACCGGAACCAGUACCACCUGAGGAGUCUGAACGCUGACAAGAGGAGGGAGGAGCUUCUGCUGGUCAGCCGUCAGAACCAGGCCAUCUACCAGCGGAUCACUUCCCGCCAGUCGGAGUAUCGCCGCCAGCUGUGGUUGGACGACUGGGAGCGGGCGGAGCGCCGGCGGGAGAACAUUUCCCAGUAUCCCCGGGGGCUCGCAGAUAAACAGAGGUCGAACAGGAAGGUGAAGUUCGCGGCUGUGGAGGACGACGAGUGGUCAACAAGCUGCAGCAGGACUGACACUGACAGAGAGACCUGAAGCGCACGCACACACACACACACACGCACACACACACACACUCACACACACACACACACACACACACACACACACACACUAGAAAUUACAGUCAUUGUGAGAUGAUGUGAACGCAGCAUCUUGAAAGUUAAAGCACAUUUUCUUUCAUUCAUCCGUCCACCUGUUUAAUCACAACAUGAUUAUUGUUUUUAACAAAAUAAAAGCCUUCGUUUGUCUGUUUGUUUGUCUGUUUGUUUGUUUGUGGAUUUCAGACCUUUGCAGUUUUUUUUACGUCUGUCGUUCAUCAUGAGGCUUUAAAUAAAGGUUUCAUCACACGCUGGUUGUCAGUGUGGACUGUAUGAGCGUCAGAGGUGUGUGUCCUCCACCAGGGGGCAGCAGACUCUCGUCUCUGACACGGAGCAGGAAGAUUAACGAGCUCACACAUUAUAAAUGGGUGUGAGAUUAUUACUGAGCUCCAGGUUUCUAUUAUCAGAAUCUCAUUAAACUAAAAUCUGACAUAUGACAUAUGUGUAUGUGCCCCUGUAUCAAGAGUGAUGAUGCCAUUUUAUGUCCAUAGUAAAAUAUGUAUAUGUACAUUUAUUAAAAAUCUCUAUAUUAUGAAUUUUACAUACACUGUAAAAACAAAAUCCUAAUUUUACAGAAAAUAACAGUAAUUUUCUGUUUUUUUAAAUUGUGAACAAAAGUCUGUAAAACACUGAUUCAC